GGGAUGGUAUGAAUCAGUCAAUUGGUUACCAUGUCUUCCUUUAGGCGAUUCGAACGCUUAAAGCGUUUGGGCGCCUUAUAUCGUGGCAUUCAAUCGGUGUUUGAUCUAGAACACAUAGAAACAGAUAAUUCUGUGCCAUCAGAUCCCAUUACUCAAUCCACCAGCAGUGACCCAGGUUCUCUGGACCAUUUAUCACCCCAAGGAAGCAAGCCAAAGAAGUUGUCUAAAUCUCGCAAACGCUCUCUUAGAGCUGGUUUGGAAUCUAAAACUGAUGACAGUGUAGAAUCAUUGGGUAUUGACUCUAGUCUUGUUACAUGGCUUCAUGAGAGUGGUAUCUCCGUGUUAACUCGUGUACAGAAACUGUCUAUUCCCAAGUUUCUUCGCACUGGUUUGGACUUAUUAGUUCAAUCGCAUACUGGUUCUGGCAAAACUCUAUGUUUUGUGAUACCUAUGUUAGACAUGUUUUUGAAAUCUGGGUCUACAGUAACAUCUCAGGGUCUGAUUAACGUAUUUUCUGUUAUAAUUUUACCUACUCGUGAACUUGCAACUCAAGUCCAUUCCGUGGUUAAUUCUGCAAGUUCUCAUGUAAGUAUCCAGUGCCUUGUAUUGAUUGGUGGCUGCUCUUUGGAUCAUGACGUCAAGUCCAUCCAUCGGUUGAAGGAUGGUCUUCGUCCGAUUGUCAUUGCUACUCCAGGCCGUUUACGUCACAUGAUUGAUUUGUUAAGCCAGGAGAAGCUAUGGACUUUUAAGGAAGUCUGUAUGCUAGUACUGGAUGAGGCGGAUCGUUUGUUGGAGAUGGGUUACCAGACUGACAUGACAACUAUUAUUGGCACUAUGCCAAAGCAGCGAAAGACUGGAUUCUUUUCUGCUACAUUGCCCGUUGAGGUCUUAGCGUUCGCCAAGCGGAUAUUACGCAAUUAUGAGUUUAUCAAUGCUGACGCUGGUGCUAUUGAUGCAUCUGAUAACGGUACUGUCUAUGCCACUCCUCGUACUCUUAAUAACUUUUAUGUGAUGCUAGAUCCUCGGGAGAAAUUACACUUUUUAUUACUGUUAUUACACUAUUUACGUCACACUGGAGUCCGUAAAUGUGCUGUAUUCUUCUUAACAUGCGACUUGGUUGACUACUUUUUCCAGGUACUAGGAUCCUCUUUGGGUACUGACAGUGGUACUGUACUUUAUAGGAUUCAUCGCAAGAUGCCAACUCCUAGACGUCAGCGCCAGUUAGAUAUGUUUCGGUCUGUGGAUACCACUGAGACCCGUUUACAGGUGAUGCUGUGCACUGAUGUUUUUUCUCGUGGCAUUGACAUUCCUGAGAUUGAGUGGGUUAUACAGUACGACGCUCCUCAGGAUCCUAAUUUCUACGUUCAUCGCAUUGGAAGGGUAUCUCGUGCCGGUGCUGCUGGUAAUGCUAUAUUACUUCUGAACCAUUCUGAGCUUCCCUAUGUCCAAUUCCAAUUAAAUCGCAAGAUACCCUUGACACCGGUUUCUAGUAGUAUUAUUGACUGGAUUACUAGCUAUUAUUCUAUCGAUUCAAGUGCACCAUAUAUAUUAGACCCGGGCAAUACAACUGUGAACAAUGGCGAGUCCUAUAUCGACUAUUUAUUGGGAACAUCCCCUGAUAUCCCUGUGCUACCAUGGGACUACACUUGCAAAUUGUUAUCAUUCUUACGUUAUGCGAUAUCAAUUGAAAGAUCAUUAAUGAUCCUUGCAAGUAAGGCUUUUGUAUCCUAUACUCGUGCUUACUCUGAGCACCGCUUAAAGAGCAUUUUUGAGCAGCGCAGUGUUGAUUACGGCGGUUUGGCUACAUCGUUUGGUGUACUGCGUGUACCUCGUGUUAAGGAGAUUUUGGGGAAAGCACUUCGCCACUUUGUUAAUAGUGACAUCGAUCCUGGUAAGGUAGCUUUUCUGGACCCUGAGAAGGAAAAGGCGAGGUUAGCACAGCUGGAAUUGCGUAAGCAGGUGGAACGCCCGAGGGUCGAGAAGGUGAAACCAGCUCCCAUCAAGCAGCAGCGCACGCGCAGUGAAAAGCGAAUCGCCAAGCGUGAAAACGUUUGGCGCGAAUGGGACGAGUUAGCCCGUGAGGAGGCUCUCAUCAGGAAGCUUAAGCGUGGCAAGAUUAAUAAGGAGCAGUACGAGCAUCUGCUUGGUGCUGAGGAAGCGGUGGAACAGCCUGGCAAUAUAGAACUUGUGCCUCAGGAGGAAUCCGAUUGGGAGAAGGAACUUGACGACUUUGUCAAUGAGUGCAACAGGCGUAAUCGCAAUCACCAAAGGUGACCAUGACAAUGUCUAGACAUUCGUAAGACAGUGUUGUAUCCACACAUUUCAAUUUAAACAGCGGCAUU